AUGGGAAAGGAUUUUGAAUAAAUUAAAUGCCAAUUCAAUCACACAUCUCCUAUUCAAUUCUUUGUUUUAGAUGACACUUAGGAUUUAAAAGCUAAAUUCUUCUGUCAAAAAUGCUUAACUACUUAAACCUUACCCAAUAAUGCUAAAUCAUUUAAUGAGGCAAAAGAAAAGAUACUGCAAUAGAAAUAAUAAUAGCUUGAAAUAACAAAAAUAUUAAUUUAGAAGAAAGUGUAAUUGAUAGAACAAUUAGCAAUUGAAAUCGAUAGUUUUAAAACAUUCAUUAUGCAAUAGAUGAAUUAAUCAUAAUAGGAUAUUAAAUUGUGGAGGCAGUAAUUAGAGACAUCUUACUUGGAAGAAAAGAAUAUCGAUUUCGAAUCAGAAAUGGAAUCAUUUCAUUUAAAUUCAGAAGAGUAUAAAUUAAAAGAGCAAAUCAGAAUUGAGCAAAAGCUUCUCAAUUUCAAUAAUUCAUUUAAUCAAAAGAUACACCUCAAAAUAAAGUGCUUCUUUAAUUUAGAGGAAUUUUAGAAAUGUUAAUAAAUCCUUGAUAAAAGUGUUGAUGGUUCUGAAUUACAAAACUUACAAUAAUAAUAGGAGGAAUUUGAGCUGAAUAAAACAUUAGUAAUUCAAAACUUUCCAAACAAAUGGUUUCUGCUUGGAAAGUUUGAUCAUAUCUAAGAUAGUAUAAAAUAACAUCUUUUGAAUUGGAGAACUUACACUUAGAAUACAAUGGAGAUUGUACAAUUUUAUGAUGAUAUGAAUCACAAUUAUGAGUUCCUAACCUAUUUGUUCCCCAAUUUUUAUAAGAGUAAAUAUAAUCCGAAGAGUACCAGACUAACUCCAUAAGAGCGAAACGAAAUCAUAAAUAAUGAAUAAGUGGCAAAAUAGUUAGUUGAAAACUUUUAAAUGUAUCUGUUUUUUGCAGGGUUAUAAAUGUAAGAAGAUAAAAUAAAUGUUUAGAAUGAAAAGUAAUUUAAAAGUUUCAGGAAUUAAACUAAUAGAGAGGGGUUGUAAAGAGUAAUCUCAUCAUUGAGUGUAUUGAAUUAACGGAAGUAUGCAUUGUUACUUGUGAAAUUCAUAAAGGAAGCUGAUUUCUUUUAUGAUUCUAUAUUUCUUUAUUAUGAUCUGUUGUAGGAGGAGGGCAACUAGGAUUAAAAUGCGUUGAGUUUUGAAAAAGUAAGAGAAUCUUAUGUGUAAUUGGAAAUCAUGAAUUAAGAAUGGGUAUCAUCUAAGAUUUUAACAAAUAAAACUUUGGAUGUUUGAAAUUAUCUAAAACAUAUAUAUAAGAGUUGAAUAUAAUGAUU